UGACUAUUUUCGUUCGCGUGGCCAAUAAGCUGUGCUUGACAACGACCCCAUCAGUUGACCUGACCCGAGCACCGUGUUGCCGAGGUUAAGCUCUCAGAUAUUAUCCCUCGCAGACAUGAGUUCUGCACUCUGCUAAACACGCCGGCCAUUGUCUCUCUCCUUUCUUCCCUUUAAGGUUCUUGCUUUGUGGUACAGACUAGAAAGAUUUAUCCUCCCAUGUCAGGGAGCACUCUCCCCGGCGCACCGACGUCGGAUGCCCCCCCGGAUCCGUACGCGCGGCAGCAGACCUACAGCUUCAACGGGCGCGUCCUACUUAUGGCCGCUUUCCUCCUCUUCGGGCUCACCAUCUUCUUCACCCUGAUCCGAUUCUUGCUGUACGUGCUCAUGGCGCGGUCGGGCGGCGGCCGUCGCCGCGGCAGCUUCACCGCCGGCAUCCUGCGGUCCAUCAACUCGUUCGGCGGAACUAGCGGCCGGCGUGGGCUGGACGCCUCCGCGCUCUCCGCGCUGCCGGUCACCACGUACCAGAAGGAGGGCGCCGCCACCGCCGGGGCUGACUGCGCCGUGUGCCUGUCGGAGCUCGCCGAUGGAGAAAAGCUGCGGGGUCUGCCCAACUGCGGGCACUCGUUCCACGUGGAGUGCGUCGACGCAUGGCUGCGUUCCAGGACGACGUGCCCUCUCUGCCGCGCCGAGGCUGAGCUGCCCAAGGGGAACGACAAGGCGGAGGUGGCGGCGCAGUCGUCGUCGUCUUCUGCGAGGGAGCCGCCGCAGCACGCGUUGUUCGGUGCAGGAGGGACCUUGAUCGUGACCGUGCAAGGUGGCUUCCCGGAAACGCAAAGAGGCGUGCGUGGGUCAACAUCGGGGUAGGAGGCCAGUCGGGAUCUUCCUAUUGGUAGAUUGCAGGGAAAUUUCAAACGGUACUGCGACAUAUGCAUAUACUGUAGGUUAGACCGUGUUAAGGCGUCCGUUGGAUCAUGCAUAAGUUGGAUCAUGCCAAGGUCACCCAUUUGUUUGUUUGUUUGUUGUAUUUCGAGGAGGGCAUAAGAAACUCAUAUGUUGUUAACUUUCUUCUUGAAAA